GGAGGACGGAAGUUGGGGGGGCGGGGUCUGGGCCUCAGCCGGGCGGUGGGCCCCCGCCCCCGCCCCCGCCGGGCCUUAGCAGCCGCUCUAGCGGCUCCCGCGCUGAGGAAUACGCUGGGAAUCUGCAGGAGUCGAGCGUGGUGAGAUGGCAGGAUUCUGUCAGGAUUCUGCAAGACCAUUGGUGAUAAUCUGGAUCAUGUUACCUAAUGUCCUUAUAUUGUCAGUCAAUUAAAUUUUUAAUGGACAUCCGUUAUAUCCCAGAGUGUUGGCAGAAAUCCUGGAGUAAAAUAGCAGUUUCCUGGAAGGUCUGUGCCUCUAACCAGCAGAAAGGGAUUGAGCUUCAUAGAACUCAGCAGAGGCAGCAUUUUACAGAGCCAUGCUCAAGAAGAGGUUGAAGUGGCAUAGCAAUGGUUAGAAGCCUUACUGGGAGCAAACAGUCUCCGGUGGCAUAGGGACCUGUGAACUUAUUAUCUGGCACUCCCAUGGAGACAAGAAGUCCUGGGUUGAACAACAUGAAGCCCCAAUCGCUGCAGCUGGUACUAGAGGAGCAAGUGCUGGCACUACAGCAGCAGAUGGCAGAGAAUCAGGCAGCCUCCUGGCGGAAGCUGAAGAAUUCCCAGGAGGCCCAACAGAGGCAAGCAACCCUCGUGAGGAAGCUGCAGGCCAAGGUGUUGCAGUACCGGAGCUGGUGCCAAGAGCUGGAAAAGCAGCUGGAAGCCACUGGAGGACCGAUCCCUCAGAGGUGGGAAAGUGUAGAGGAGCCAAACCUGGAACAUCUGCUAAUCCGAUUGGAGGAGGAGCAACAGAGUGCAGGUGUGAGAGUCUAGCAGAGGUGAACACCCAGCUUCAACUGCACAUGGAAAAAGCUGACGUGGUGAAUAAAGCCCUUCGGGAAGAUGUGGAAAAAUUGACAGUGGACUGGAGCCGGGCCCGGGAUGAACUAAUGAGGAAGGAGAGCCAGUGGCGCAUGGAGCAGGAGUUCUUCAAGGGCUACCUGAAAGGGGAGCAUGGCCGCCUUCUUGGUCUAUGGCGGCAGGUGGUCACCUUCCGACGUCACUUCCUGGAAAUGAAGUCAGCUACUGACAGAGAUCUAACAGAGCUAAAGGCUGAGCAUGUGAGGCUUUCAGGAUCCCUGUUGACCUGUUGUCUACGCUUGACCGUGGGAGCACAGUCUUGGGAAUCCAAUGGCUCUGGGAAGGUAGAUGGGAGGGAGCCAGCCCAGCUGCUGCUGCUACUAGCCAAGUCCCAGGAGCUGGAGAAGGAAGCCCAUGAGAAGAGCCAGGAGUUAAUACAGCUGAAGAGUCAAGGGGAUCUGGAGAAGGCUGAACUUCAGGACCGGGUGACCGAGCUCUCUGCUCUGCUAACCCAGUCUCAGAAGCAAAAUGAAGAUUAUGAAAAGAUGGUCAAGGCUCUGAGAGAGACAGUGGAGAUCCUGGAGACAAAUCAUGCAGAAUUUAUGGAACAUGAGGCAUCUCUUAGUAGAAAUGCCCAAGAAGAGAAGUUGUCUUUACAGCAGGUGAUCAAGGAUAUAACCCAGGUCAUGGUGGAAGAAGGGGACAAUAUGGCCCAAGGCUCUAGUCAUGAGAGCUCUUUGGAAUUGGACUCUAGUGGCUUCUCCCAGUUUAAUUCCCAGGCCCCAGACAAGGCUGUUACUCUGGUGCGUUCAGUGCUGACUCAGAGACGCCAGGCUGUGCAGGACCUAAGGCAGCAGCUUUCAGGCUGCCAGGAGGCUGUGAGCCUCUUGCAGCAGCAGCAUGAUCAGUGGGAGGAAGAGGGCAAAGCCUUGAGACAGCGGCUGCAGACGCUCGCUGGGGAGCGGGACACUCUGGCAGGGCAGACUGUGGACCUCCAGGGAGAGGUGGACUCUCUCAGCAAGGAGCGAGAGCUCCUGCAGAAGGCCAGGGAAGAGCUGCAGCAGCAACUGGAGGUGCUGGAGCAGGAGGCAUGGCGCCUGCGAAGGGCAAACAUGGAGCUUCAGCUGCAGGGGGACUCCGCUCAGGGGGAGAAGGAGGAGCAGCAGGAAGAGCUGCACCUUGCUGUCCGGGAAAGGGAGCGCCUUCAGGAGACGCUGGUGGGCCUGGAAGCCAAGCAAUCAGAAUCACUCAAUGAACUGAUCACUCUUCGGGAAGCCCUGGAGUCAAGUCGCCUAGACGGGGAGUUACUGAGGCAAGAGCAAACAGAAGUGACCGCAGCGCUGGCUAGGGCAGAACAGUCAAUUGCAGAGCUGUCAAGUUCUGAGAACAGCCUGAAGGCAGAGGUAGCUGAUCUUCGGGCAGCAGCUGUCAAACUCAGUGCCUUAAAUGAGGCUUUGGCCUUAGAUAAAGUUGAGCUUAACCAGCAGCUUCUCCAGCUGGAGCAGGAGAACCAGUCUGUGUGCAGCAGAAUGGAGGCAGCAGAGCAGGCGAGAAACGCUUUGCAGGUGGAGGUGGCGGAGGCAGAGAAAAGCAGGGAAGCCCUGUGGGAAAAGAAAACUCACCUGGAGGCUCAGCUGCAGAAAGCAGAGGAGUCUGGAGCUGAGCUGCAGGCAGAUCUCAGGGGCAUCCAAGAAGAAAAAGAAGAAAUCCAAGAGAAACUAAAUGAGGCACGUCACCAGCAGGAGGCAGUCACAGCUCAGCUGGAGCAGCUGCAUCAGGAGGCCAAGAGACUAGAACAAGUGCUUGCCAGGGCAAUCCAGGAGAAGGAGGCCCUGGUACGAGAGAGGGCAGCUCUAGAGGUCCGGCUACAGGCUAUGGAGCGAGACCGGCAGGACCUUGCUGAACAAUUACUGGGGCUCAGCUCAGCCAAGGAGCUACUGGAGAGCAGUCUGUUUGAGACCCAACAACAAAAUUCUGUGAUAGAAGUCAUCAAGGGGCAGCUGGAGGUCCAGAUUCAAACUGUCACUCAAGCUAAGGAAGUAAUCCAAGGGGAAGUGAGGUGCCUGAAGCUGGAACUGGAUGCUGAACGGAGCCGUGCAGAACAGGAACGGGAUACAGCAGCCAGAAAGCUGGCCCGGGCUGAGCAAGAGGGACAGACUGCGCUGGAGCAACAGAAGGUGGCCCAUGAGGAGGAGGUGACCCAGCUCCAGGAGAAAUGGGAAAAAGAGCGCUCCUGGCACCAGCAGGAGCUGGCUAAGGCUCUGGAGAGCCUAGAGAGGGAAAAAAUGGAGCUGGAAAUGAGACUGAGGGAGCAGCAGACAGAAACUGAGGCCAUCCGGGCGCAGAGAGAAGAAGAACGGACCCAGGCCGAGAGUGCCCUGUGCCAGAUGCAGCUGGAAACAGAGAAGGAGAGAGUGUCCCUCCUGGAGACACUGCUGCAAACCCAGAAGGAGCUGGCAGAUGCCAGCCAGCAACUGGAACGGCUGAGGCAGGACAUGAAGGUCCAGAAGUUAAAGGAGCAGGAGACCACUGGGAUGCUGCAGACCCAGCUUCAGGAGGCUCAGCAGAAGCUGAAGGAGGCAGCUCAGCAGCACAGAGACAACCUUGCUGCCAUCCAAGAAGAGGGCCGCACCCUGCUGCAGGAUAAGAUAGACCUGCAGAAGCAGGUGGAGGACUUGAAGUCUCAGUUGGUGGCCCAGGAUGACUCUCAGAGGCUGGCUGAGCAGGAAAUUCAGGAGAAGCUGAGAGAGGCCCAGGAAUAUAGCCAAAUUCAGAAGGAGCUGGAGAAAGAGAAAGCCAGCCUGACUCUGUCACUGGUGGAAAAGGAACAGAGACUCCUUGUUUUACAAGAAGCUGACUCUAUUCGACAGCAAGAGCUGAGCGCCCUGCGCCAGGACAUGCAGGAAGCCCAGGGAGGACAGAAAGAGCUUAGUGCCCAGGUGGAAUUACUGAGGCAGGAGGUGAAGGAAAAGGAGGCUGACUUUUUGGCUCAGGAAGCACGUCUGCUGGAGGAGCUGGAGGCAUCUCAGAUCAUGGAGCAGCAGCUGCGAGCUUCCUUGUGGGCCCAGGAAACCAAGGCAGCCCAACUACAGCUGCAACUGCGCAACACAGAGAGCCAGCUGGAAGCACUGGCCACAGAGCAGCAGCCUGGGAACCAGGCCCAGGCCCAGCUGGCCAGCCUCUACUCUGUCCUGCAGCAGGCCCUGGGGUUGGUCUGUGAGAGCAGGCCUGAGUUGAGUGGUGGUGGAGACUCUGUUCCUUCCCUGUGGGUCCUUGAGCCAGAACAGAAUGGAGCUAGAAGCCUCUUUAAAAGAGGGCCCCUCCUGACUGCUCUCUCAGCCGAGGCAGUAGCAUCUGCCCUCCACAAGCUUCACCAAGAACUGUGGAAGACUCAGCAGGCCCGGGAUGAUCUGAGGGAUCAGGUCCGGAAGCUGGAACAGCAUCUAACUGAUACCGAGGCUGAGAAGAGCCAGGUCCACACAGAGUUGCAGGAUCUGCAGAGACAGCUCUCCCAAAACCAACAGGAGAAAUCCAAGUGGGAAGGAAAACAGAACUCCCUAGAAUCUGAACUGAUGGAACUGCACGAAACUGUGGCAUCCUUACAGAGUCGCCUACGGCGAGCAGAGCUACAGGGAAUGGAAGCCCAGAGUGAGCGAGAGUUACUUCAGGCAGCCAAGGAGAACCUGACAGCCCAGGUGGAACACCUGCAAGCAUCUAUUGCAGAAGCCAAGGCUCAGGCGAGGGCUGCCGGGGUCCUGGAAGAAGACCUGAAAACAGCUCGCUCAGCACUGAAACUGAAAAACGAGGAGGUGGAGAGUGAGCGUGAGAGAGCUCAGGCUCUGCAAGAGCAGGGCAAGCUGAAGGUGGCCCAGGGGAAGGCUCUGCAAGAGAAUUUGGCUCUCUUGUCCCAGACCCUGUCCGAAAGAGAAAGGGAAGUAGAGACCUUGCGGGGGGAAAUCCAGGAACUGGAGAAGCAACGAGAAAUGCAAAAGGCUGCUUUGGAGCUGCUGUCCCUGGACCUGAAGAAGAGGAACCAAGAGGUAGAUCUGCAGCAAGAACAGAUUCAGGAGCUAGAGAAGUGUAGGUCUGUUUUAGAGCAUCUGCCCAUGGCCGUUCAGGAGCGAGAGCAAAAGCUGACUGUGCAGAGAGAGCAGAUCAAAGAGCUUGAGAAAGAUCGAGAGACUCAGAGGAACAUCUUGGAGCAUCAGCUUCUAGAACUUGAGAAGAAGGACAAAGUGAUUGAGUCCCAGAGAGGGCAGGUCCAGGAUCUGAAAAAGCAGUUGGUUACCCUGGAAUGCCUGGCCCUGGAACUGGAGGAAAACCAUCGCAAAAUGGAGUGCCAGCAAAAGCUGAUCGAAGAGCUGGAGGGCCAAAGGGAAAUGCAGAGGGUGGCUUUGACCCACCUUACACUGGACCUGGAAGAAAGGAGUCAGGAGUUGCAGGCGCAAAGCAGCCAGCUCCACGAACUGGAAAGCCAUAGCACUCUUCUGGCACAAGAGCUGCAGGAGAGGGACCAGGAGCUGAAGUCCCAGCGAGAACAGAUCGAGGAGCUGCAGAGGCAGAAAGAGCAUCUGACUCAGGAUCUUGACAGGAGGGACCAGGAGCUAAUGUUGCAGAAGGAGAGGAUUCAGGUUCUAGAAGAUCAAAGGACGCUGCAGACCAAGAUCCUAGAGGAGGACCUGGAGCAGAUCAAGCUGUCCUUGAGAGAGCGAGGCCGGGAGCUGGCCUCUCAGAGGCAGCUGAUGCAAGAACGGGCAGAGGAAGGGAAGGGCCAGAGUAAGGCACAGCGUGGGAGCCUAGAGCACAUGAAGCUGAUCCUGCGUGAUAAGGAGAAGGAGGUGGAAUGCCAGCAGGAGCGGAUCCAGGAACUUCAAGAGCACAAGGACCAGAUGGAGCAGCAGCUCCAGGGACUGCACAGGAAAGUGGGUGAGACCACCCUACUCCUGACCCAGAGAGAGCAGGAGAUAGUAGAUCUGCAGCAGCACCUGCAGGAAGCCAGGGAGCAAAGGGAGGUGAAAGAGCAAUCACUUCAGGGUCAACUGGAAGAGGCCCAGAGAGCACUGGCCCAGCAGGAGCAGGAACUUGAGGCCCUGCGACAAGAACAGCGGCAGGCCCAGGGGCAGGAAGAGAGUGUGAAGGAAAAGGCAAGCACGCUGCAAGGAGCGCUGGAGCAAGCCCAUAUGACACUGAAGGAGUGCCAGGGAGAGCUUGAGGAACACAAGGAGCAGGUGCGAAGGCUCCAGGAAGAGCUGGCAGCGGAGGGACUGCGGGUACAGGCCUUGGAGGAGGUGCUGGGAGACCUGAGGGCUGAGUCUCAGGAGCAGGAGAAGGCUCUGCUGGCCCUCCAGCAACAGUGCGCCGAGCAGGCACAGGAGCACGAGGCAGAGGCCAGGGCCCUGCAGGACAGCUGGCUGCAGGCCAAGGUGAUGCUCAAGGAACGGGAACAGGAGCUGGAGGCUCUGCAGGCAGAAAGCCAGUCCUCCCAGCAUCAGGAGGAGGCUGCUUGGGGCCAGGCUGAAGCUCUGCAAGAGUCCCUCAGCAAGGCUCAGGCUGCCCUGCAGGAGAAAGAGCAGCAUCUCCUUGAGCAGGCAGAACUGAGCCGCAAUCUGGAGGCCAACAUCGCCACGCUGCAGGCCACCCUGGAUGCCCACCAGGCACGUGGCCGGCAGCUAGAGGAGGCCCUGAGGAUGCGAGAAGGUGAGAUCCAGGACCAGGAUCUCCGGCACCAGGAGGAUGUGCGGCAGCUCCAGCAGGCACUUGCCCAGAGGGAUGAAGAGCUGAGACAUCAGAAGGAACAGGGGCAGCUGCUGGAGAAGUCUCUGGCCCAGAGGGACCAAGAGAAGCAGAAGCUGGGGCAGGAGAGAAAAGAGGAAGAGAUGAGGGGCCUUCGUCAGAGUCUAAGGGAGCUACAGCUGACUCUAGCCCAAAAGGACGAGGAGAUCCUGGAGUUGAGGGAGGCCCAGCAAAAGAAGAAUCUGGAGGCCUUACCCCACAGCCACAGAGCCUCCACAGUGGAGGAACCAUCUCCAAAAAUGGAAUCUUUAGGGCCCAGGCUACAGCGGGAGUUGGAGCGGCUACAGGUAGCCCUGAGGCAGACAGAAGCCAGGGAGAUUGAGUGGAGGGAGAAGGCCCAGGAAUUGGCACAGUCCCUGGCCCAGAGCAAGGCCAGUGUCAGCAAUCUGCAGGAGGUAGCCAUGUUUCUACAAGCCUCUGUCCUGGAACGGGACUCAGAACAGCAGAGGCUGCAGGAUGAGCUGGAGCUAACCAGACAGGCUCUGGAGAAGGGGCAGCUGCACAGCUCAGGCCCGACCAGCAGAGCGGAACAGGGGUCCAGAGGAGAGCAGGAUGUACCGCCAGGAGAGGUCUCAGGAGUGGAGGCUGAGCCUAAUCCUGGAAUGGAAGAGAAGCAGCCAUGGAGACAAAGGCUCGAACACCUGCAGCAAGCAGUGGCAUGGCUGGAGGUUGACCGGAGCAGACUACAGCACUACAAUAUCCAGCUGCAGACCACCUUGGAGCAGGUGGAGCGAGAGCGGAGGAAGCUGAAGAGGGACUCCAUGCGUGCAUCCCGGGUGGGGGCCCUGGAGAUCAGCGAGGCCACAGCUGCAUCACCCACGCAGCAGGAUGGGAAAGGAGGACAGAAGAGCUCCUCAGGUACUAAGUAUGUGGUUGAGCUUCAGAAAGAGGUGGCCCUGCUGCGAGCCCAGCUGGCCUUGGAGCGGAAGCAGAAGCAGGACUACAUCGCACGCUCAGUACAGACCAGCCGUGAGCUAGCGGGCCUGCACCACAGCCUCUCCCACUCCCUUCUCGCCGUGGCCCAGGCCCCUGAAGCCACUGUCCUAGAGGCCGAGACCCGCAAGCUGGAUGAGUCCCUGACUCAAAGUCUGACAUCUCUAGGGCCUGUCCUACUAAUCCCCAGCCCAAGCCCCAGCCCCACCCAAGCCACCUCGAGGUAGCAGCCAAGCUGGGCAGGACCCAGGCCAGCCUGGAAGCACACAGACAGAUGACUAUGAAGGGUGUCACAGCCCCUCUACACAGCUAUAGGCUUGCCAAUGGAAAGGCCUGGCUCUGUUACCCUACCUGGGAGCCCCAGGUCAGCUGACCUUCCCAGGAAGAAGAAGGAAACCUGCAAGGCUGGGUAGGCCCCAACUCACCUGGGAAUGAGGCAAACUACAUUUGCCUGUACCUACACAGUCACCCAGAGGAGUGCCUUGACCUGGCCAAGGGGCUUCAACUGCCUCUCGUCUAGAAUUUAUUUUCCUAGCACUUCACUUUCUCCCUCAACUUCCCCUUCAGCAAUAAACCCUGAGUCUUUGCAGUAGUUCCCUGCUGUCUCCACUUGUGCAGCUGAGCAGCAGCAAGACAUCAAGGGAGUUUAUUAAGGAAGAGCUUGCUAAAGAUUCCUGUCAGGUGGCAUGAAUUUAUUAUAUGUGUGCACUGUGACAGGGAGGCUCACGGAAGAUACACAAGACAAAGCCACUAUCCACAGAGAACCUGCAUUCCAACUGAUGAAAACAGACAAACACGUGUUAAUCAGUCAGAUAGUUCUGUGCACUGGCUGGAAGAGCUGUGGAACUCCAGGGGCUGAGAAAGGGAGGCGUGAACUGGCUCUCGAGGGAAGGAAUGGAGUUAGGGUGCUGGUGAGCUCUCAGUGAUAGCCUGGUCUGGCUGUGGCAGGGGCCUGAGGCUGAGGUUGCAGGCUGGGGAGAGCCUCUAGUGCUAACUCUUGGACAGCGAGCAACCUUUGGUGUUCUUGACUUAAAACAAAUUCUGGAGCCUCGAAAACAUUGAGUUGACCUUUGGAUGAAGUCAGAGUCUCAAGUUCAUAAGCUCCAUCUGGCCUCAUUCCCCUUCUACUCUGGGUGAAUGCACCUGAGGUGUCCCUUCCAGGGCAUAUAUCAGCUGGAACCAACUGGUCACCUGUAGUCCAGUCAUGUGUCAAGCCAGUCAGGAAGAUGGACUGCAGCAGAACUGUCACUUAAUGGACUGGCCCAUGGAGGCAGUUGACUGAACCCAGCUCACAGGCUUAAGACCUGUCAUUGGCAACUUCCUCAAAGCCUAAGAACAAUUUUCUUUAAAGAAGUAGGUUGUGACCUUCCCCUGGCACUCAGCCAUAAUCUGGAAUUUCUCUCCCCUAAGCCUAGGGAUGGAACUAAGACCUAGCUAAGAAUGCGGGGGUUUGGGAGCAGCACCCACUCACCCAGACCUACUAAAUUGGGACUCAGCCCCUUGGUAUCCUGUCACACCACACAGAGUGGAAAUGAGCUGUUGACAACUGCUACAGCUUUGUUCCAAAAACCCACCAUGUGCAACUCAGCAAUAGAUGCUUAGUAAAAGCUUACAGUUCAGAACCCCCAGAAAUGGAUCUGUGGUCCCAGACACACUGGCUUGGUCCCUCCCUCCAAUCAGAUCCCCUGUGGGUCAAAAUCCUUUCCCAACCUGGAGUAUGCUUGUUCUAUUGCUAGGGGUUCUCAGGGACAAACAAGACUUUUUCUUGGUUGCUGUUUA